GGAUGCGAAAGGAAUAAGAAGUUGCAGAAGAUGACAUUGGAAUAGUGGUAGAUUUAAGAAGAAGAGAAGAUUAUCUAGAACAUAUAAGUGCAGGACUUAUGUCGGCUGAAAAAUAUCGGGAUAAAGGUAAUACUAAAAAGGAAUGUCUUGGUCUCCUCAAGUUGUCUUUGCACUACGCGCAGAAGGGAAAAGGCAUAUUAUGGCUGGCUGAAAAAUUUUUUCAUGCAGCAAUAGCUGUAUCGAGCCAGUAUCUUAUUGAUGGUGGGAGAUUGAAGGCUUGUUGUAAAUACUUUUACGGGACCUUUUUACUGGAUAAGUAUCCGGACGCAGAUACAGAAGAGCCCUUUUCUAUUCUUACGGAAGUAAGGGAUAUCGCAAUAGGAAAGGACUGGAUGUUUUACGAAGUGGAUGAUGUAAUAGCUGUGCCUACAACGACGCUGUUCUGUGCAACAGCUAUCAAAUUGCAUCAUGUCCUGCUGAGCGAGGCUAGGGCAUGUUCCAAAAAAGAUCCAGGAAAAGCUGAAAGACUUGCGCGAUUGGCAGAAAGAAGAGCAAGAGAUGGUAACGAUAUACCAAAGACAGCGGAGGCGAUAAUUGAAAUUGGUAUAAACCAACUGGCGAUGAACAACUUAAAUAAUGCUCAGAAGACGUUCGAGAAGGCUUUCAAGAUUUACACAGACAGUGACUACGUCGAAGGCUUGUGUACAACUAAGAUGCACAUGGCGGCAGUAAUGCAGAAGUUGGGAGAGCAUGAACAUGCAGCCAGGCUUCUUACCGAAAUGGGAGCUUUGGCGAUGGAAAAUAAUCUGCGCUUGCAACUGGGGAAAGCUCUUCACUUGCUAGGAGAGCUCCAUCUGAAAAGAGAAAGACCAGAACUGGGCACUCAGCAUCUUGCAGAGGCGUUUCAAUGUUUCAUGGGCACUAGCUGGGAUCAACAAGGCCAAUCAGAAUUGGCUCCAAUAGACGGGGACGGAGUUGAUAUGGAUGUUAUUUAUAAGGACUCAACAGGAGAAAAAUAUAUAGAAGAAGCUGAGCAGUCGCGCCUUAUGAUGGCCAUAUCGUCAGGGCAAGAAAAAAUGGCGUCAUUCUUUAAUAUAUUAAGAUCGGCGGGCAGUUGUUCCGUUUCUAAAAUAAAAAUUAUAGAAUGGAAACUUUCCAACGCCGGCUGGUGGGUGGAGCGUCUACAUCAUCGAUUCGUGCCUUGCAUGUGCUCUGCACACAACAGGACUCCACUGGACAUACUUCGUAUACAGUUGGAUAAUGCCAAUGCCAAGAAAAUAGAAGGAGCAGAAUCCACAAAUUUGGAUAGAAUGCAAGAUGUAGAGGAUAUUACUAAACUAAGGAGUGAUAUUAAUGAUUUUGAGCUUGGAUCAAUAAAUGAAAGUAAGUGA